AUGGCCGUUAUCACAUCCCUCCGCUUACCUGUGCUCUACGACUCCGCUGCAUCCGUUCAACAUAGCGGCCCAUCAAUAGACUGGCUAUCUGGUAGAUGGCAUAUAUCUCACUCUUCGCUGCCCAUGUGGCGCGAUAAGCGCAACUGCACCGUUGACUAUGCCCCCCUCGCCCCCGCCGCCUCGAUGCUUCCACGGGUUGAUGACAUGGUACACUACCAAAUGUUGAAUUCUGAUUCGGUCUCUCAAAUCCACGCCAUAAAUACGGGCUGGAAAGGUAAUCCCGCUGGUUGGACAUGGCGCGGUACUGGCUGGAUUACUCAAUUUAUCUCCUGCGAUUGGGAAAUUUUCGGCUACGGAGAAUUGUCUGGAGGGGGGCACUGGAUGAUUAUGCAUUUCCGCGCCACUUGGCUGUCGAAAGCUGGAUUGGAUCUUUUUACGAGAGGGGUAGAUGGGACAUACCGCCAUUUGGAAGAAGCUGAAUACACUAGCAUCAUCGAGGAGGUUGAGAAAUUGGCCACAGACCACCCCGAACUAUCAUCUUUAAUAAGUGAAUUCCGGCGCGUGCAGAAUGAUGGCGCAAAUACGAGGGCAACCCCAUGA